UUGGCGGCCGGGGAGCGCGCGGCGAGCCCCCAUGAACCGGCGCUGCCCGCCGCUCGCCUCCCUCCUGAGGGGACUCCUCGGCUCGGCUUGCCUCUGCCUGGCGCGGAACAUGAGCCUGCGCGGGGCGCCGGCCGCCUGCCUGGCAGGGCCCUCGGGCGGCGGCGGAGGCAGCCGCAGCCUGGCCGCCGCCGCCCUCUCGCCGCCCCCCCGGCUGAGCCCUCCGUGGCUGCGGCUGCCCCAGGUGCCGGGCGCCGAGCCCGGCAAGGCCAACGACCUGCUGCUCUUGCUGCCCUCGCCCGCCGCCUGCCCGCUGCCGCCCCAGCAUCACGUCAUCUACUUCCCCGGGGACGUGCAGAACUAUCGUGAAAUUAUGGUUUGCCAUCCAGAAAAUUUCCAAUGGGAACACUGGUGCUUGGAAAACAUUGCAGCUAUUCUUGGCCAUCGUUUCCCGGGCAGUUACAUUUGGGUCAUAAAAUGUUCUCGUAUGCAUUUGCACAAGUUCAGCUGUUACGACAACUUUGUGGCAAGCAACAUGUUUGGAGCACCUGAACAUAGCACUGACUUUGGAGCCUUCAAACACCUCCACACGCUAUUGGUUAAUGCUUUUAAAGUUGCUCAGAAUGUGCUGGUGUCUCAGAAGAGCAUGCAUAAUUUUGGCAAGGAUAAAGAGGCAGCCCCGUAUAAAUCCCCUGCUAUUCCUACUGCCAACGGCUGUCCAGCAGCAGAAAAGGAGCAAGACUGUGAACUCUUCAGCAAUUCAUCCAUGAACUUCAUAGAACCUUCCGUUAUUGGUGGAGUGUCGUUCACUUUAAUAGGAUUCAGUAAAGGUUGUGUUGUCUUGAAUCAAUUGCUUUAUGAACUGAAGGAAGCAAAAGAAGACAAGGACAUAGAUUCCUUCAUUAAAAAUAUAAAAGCAGUUUUCUGGUUGGAUGGUGGCCAUUCGGGAGGAAGCAAUACAUGGGUGACCUACCCUGAUGUGCUGAAAGAAUUUUCACAGACUGGGAUUGGAGUUAGCACUCAUGUUACGCCAUACCAAGUGUUUGAUACAAUGAGGUCAUGGAUUGGAAAAGAGCACAAGAGAUUUGUACAAAUUCUUGAAGAGUUUGGCAUGAAUGUGAAUAGCCAGCUCCAUUUUGCUGAUGAAGCACCUUCCUUAGACAACCACUUCAGAGUUCAUGAAGUAUUCUGACACUGUGAAUGUAACAAAUUAUUGUAUUAAUUUGCAAAAGCACAUCUUGAAUUGUGACUUAAGAGUUUGAGACAAUGGCUUCUAAAUCCUGGAAGGGGGAAAUAAUAUAAUGUGUACUGUUAAGUUUUUAUGAUAGGACUGGGCUCUAAGCGAAGAUUGUCUUGCAUUUGCUGCUGAAGAAUUGUUGCUUAAAGACACGGGAUUUUGUUUGGAUCCUGACUGUGUGACUCCUCAAGAAAAGCAACACCUCUGAAAAUACUCUUCUUGACAAGCAAUGAAACACUGGCUUAAUAUUUGCUUUUACCAUGUUUGGUUAUAAUUUGUGGCCAAACCUUUAUAACAAGGCUACAAAAAUAGCUUUCUAAAAUGCCUGUGGUGAUUUCUAAAAGCUGUAGGUGUUGAGGAUCUCUGAAAAACACAUCCUUUUCAUAUAGAAGCCAUCACUGAAAAACUGAAAUCGAGGCUUCAGUAGCUUUUUUAGCACUUUGGUUCAUAGCACAAGCAAUACGGUUUGAGUUGUAUUGACAUUAAAUCUUCAGUGCAAGUACAGUGAAAAUACUUUCCUCGGGAACUGAGAAGUAGCUAAUACACGGUUUCAGCAAAGGACUCUGCAGUUUCUAACCAUUGCUGAACAUCUGUUAAUAGCUUUGUUUGGCAACUCAACAGUAUUAAGCAUCUUUUUUUUUUUUAAAGUGACCAAGAUUUGUGUAAUCUUACCCCUGGUUCAACAUUCCCUGUUAAUACUAAAGCUUAACUAACUCUUAAUACAUUUCUAAAUUUUGUAUCUUGAGAUUGUUAGACCCUUUGGAAACAACUUACUUUUUCCUAAAAAUGAAGCCACAGACAUCUACAAGAUAUUGAUGUAGUUUACAGUAAAUCUUAGAAUAACUUUACUUGCAGAGGUGUUUGGGAAAGUUCAUAGUAAGAGCAAUUACUGUUAAUUAACAUGAUGAAACAGAUUCCGUAGAAGAAACAGAGAUACAGUUUUCUAUAUAAAACAAGCCCUCAGAGAAGACUGCAAAGGCACCGUAGUGUAAACCCUGAAAGCCAAAAUUUAUUUGGAGCUAUGAGAAAAGCGGUGGUGGUGACUGAAGAAUACUUUCUAAAUAGCCUCAAACUCAGUAUUUGCAACAACAAAAAAACCCUUCAUGUUGUAAUGGAGUUGGCAAAACAUAGAAUUAGACAGUAUAAACCUGUCAUGCUCUGCAGAGGUACUCCAGUCUAAGCCCACUGGUUUCAAUAGGCUUAAACUUGAGUAACUCUGCAGAGGAUUGCACUGUAGUGUGUGUGUGUGUGCACACACUUUUUUCUGUUAUGGAAAGUAUUGGUGACAGGUAAUGGCAAUCAAAUUAGAACUAUUAACAAGAACAAAAAUGAUCUUAUUACCUGUUAGAAUUAAAUAUAUACAGAGCAUAAGCUAUAGAAGUGACAAAACUGCAUGUAUAAUGCAUUAGAAAGAGAUGAAGCGAGGUUUUUAUGAAAAUGUGGGACUAAACUCCUGUCUGUUCAACAUGGACACUUGCUCUGAUUUAGCAAUUCCUUGCUGGGCCAGAAAGUUACGUUCAUGCACACGGAACAGAGAGCCUGCUUUGUGCGGGGAACUUUUUAAGUUUGCCUGAGAGUAUGUGCAAACCUCUGGAUUUGGGUUUUUAUGUGUAAUACUAGUGUGCAUUCUUGGACAGGAGCAGUAUUUGUCAUCACACAUUCCAGCCAUGUUUCUGCAACACUUUGAAUUACAUAAGAGAAGUAGGUGAAGGAGUUUUUUGCACUUCAGUUUGUGGAGGCAACUUUUUAAAGUCAAGAUAUGCUUGGGGGUAGUCUGAUUUUGUGACCAAAAUCCCUAGUGUUUCACAACCACCAUUUUAGUAUCAGCUUGAAUAUGAAGAUGGAGAGUCAGACAAAACAGCUAUUACAUAAAGUAGUAUCUUUCAUUUGGAUAACUAUUUCAGAGAUGAAACUCUUUUCUUUGCUGAUCCAUGUGAUACAACAAUCUCUGUUGGCCUUUGAAAGUUUUGUGACCCUGGUUUUUUAUAAAUAAGCACUUUUCUCCAGCAAAUAGCAUUGACCUUUUUGAAAUGGUUCUUCUAAAGUUAAUUUUUUACAGAGUACAACUAGCUGUGGUGUUCAUAUUCCUGAGAUAAUUGGCAGACUCUCGGAUUGUCUCUCUUUUCAUUACAAUGUAUGAAAGAAAUAUGCAGAUAAUAUGGAAAAUAGAGAUAUGUGCAUAUAAGCACUAUGAAUGUAAGAAUAUCAAGAUUCCAUAAUAAAUUGUUUUGAUAUUU